AUGCUCAACUUCAUCUACGACUGCAUCUCGGGAAGACCGACGAAAGAGCCACACCCUCCCACCGACCCCCGAUCCCCGGAGGCCAUCGCUUCCGCUAUUGUCACCAAGAUUCUCAAUGCUGAAGAUCCCUACUUGCUCCACAAAGAGCUGAAAGAAGAAAUUUCCACCGAUAAUUGGACAGACGCCAUAGCACAGGGUAUCCUCCGCGGCUUAAAGAGUGCAAUAGAAUCCGGUGCGGAUAUGGCACGAGCUGCUUCUGAUGCUGCGGCCCAAAGCAGAAACGCUGCUAUUGGCUUUGCAACAGAACAUCCUGUAUACGCUACGCUGAUUGCAUUGGGUAUUCUGGCCUUGUUGACACCGUGGGCCCUGCAAAUCCUUGGGUUUGGGGAGUUGGGUCCAAUUGAGGGCUCGUUUGCAGCUGCAUGGCAAAGGCUACACGCUGGAUAUGUGCCUAAGAAUGCUUUGUUUGGUUAUUUUCAGAGGCUGGGUAUGAAAUGGCAUUGGGUUUGA